UUCUCUCUCUCUCUACUCAGUGUCAGUGUCGAUGUCUGCUACUAUUGUUUCUUAUAAAUAUUGUCAAAGCUAGCUAGCAGUCCGUCAGUCCAAGUCCUCCCUCUCACCCCUACGUACAUGAGAUGAGUCAUGAGAGUACAUAUUAACCACCCCGGCCAUCAUCAUGUUCAUAUCAUAUUAUAGCCCAAUCGUCUUCGCAUUGCCCUCCUAUCUCCUUGCUCCCACGCUUGCUACCACCCCUAGGCCCUAGCUACUUCCCCCCCGCUACCCUUCCUUCCUAAUAAACGCCUUUCCCCAAUCUCCUCAAAACAGACUUCUUCGCCGCUAGCUGCCAUGUUUUCUGAAAACAUCCUUGUCGGCGACAUCAUCGCUACCGGUCUCUCCGGUGGUGUUGUCUUGUCCUUGCUUAAAAUCUGGGAGCAGACUGCCAAGAGAGGCUUCUUUGACCCGAAACUAAACAGGAAGGUCGUUCAUAUUACUGUUGGAUUGGCAUUCAUGCUUUGCUGGCCUCUGUUCAGUUCGGGUCGUCACUGCGCAUACUUAGCUGCUCUUGUUCCUGGUCUCAACAUACUUAAUAUGCUUCUUGUGGGACUCGGUGUAAUAAACGAUGAUGCAACUGUCAAGUCCAUGAGCAGAUUUGGAGACCAUAGGGAACUACUCAAGGGGCCAUUAUACUAUGCUUCCACAAUCACUGUGGCUACCGGCAUUUACUGGAGAACAUCUCCCAUAGCAAUUGCAGCUGUGUGUAACCUAUGCGCUGGUGAUGGUAUGGCUGAUAUUGUGGGUAGGCGUUUCGGAAGUAAGAAGCUUCCUUACAAUCGAAACAAAUCCAUUGCUGGUAGCAUUGCCAUGGCAUGCGCUGGUUUCUUGGCUUCCAUCGGAUUCAUGCUCUACUUCUCAUCAAUGGGGUACAUGCAAGAAAGCUUUGAGAUGGCGCUGGGGUUUUUGGUGGUGUCCAUUUCUGCUGCAUUAGCAGAAUCCCAUCCAAUGAGCACUGAGGUUGAUGACAAUCUGACCGUACCCUUCACAGCCAUAUUGGUUGGGAGUUUACUUCUCUAAGUAGUUAAGAUUGUUGCGUUCUUCCGUAUAAUCAGUUGCAUCAGCUUAAUUCAUGCGGUUUGCACCCGUCGACUUGCUUUUCCUUGACUACACUGGAUAUUUCUUUCGAUUCUACUCAUCACAGAUUAUUCUUCUUAUUUGGCUUGUUGUUUAUGUAUAAGAUUGUGUAGUUCCCGCCACUUGAGAUCAUACUGAAUUGUUGUUUACGUAUAAGCAAUGUUAUGCAUGUAAUAUUGUAAUAUGCCUUUGGUCUUGUGUUGUUGCAAACAAUUAGAUACACUACUACACGUGC